AUGCCAAAAAGUCACAUUUCAGAACGUGAGCGUAUACUGUCAGAACAUGGCGAAACUGAACAGAUUGAAUUUGGUCGAUUAAGAGGAAAUACCAAUGCUACAAAUGGCUCAAGACGUUUAUCCACUUCAUCAUCUCAAAGUUCAUCGUUAUCUUCAACACAUUUAAAAUAUACAUAUGAACCAGAAAUACCAAAUAUUGAAGAAGUGGAUGAAACAAAUAUUGAUCAAGUUUUAAAUUUUCCCUCAAUUGCCUAUAUACCACAAACAUUUUUAACGGAGAUAAAACAAGAUGCAUUGUAUGAAACAAUUUUAGAAGAAUUAAAUAAAAAAACAUCACAUUUUACAAAAACACAUCAGCAACAUCAACCACAACUCAGUGAUAUUACGGAUGAUGAUGACGAAAGUUAUGUAUAUGGAGAAGGUGGAAUUAUUGAAAGAAAUGAAGAUGAUAUGACAGAUGAAUAUGAUACAGAUAUUGAACAAGAGCAACCAGUUCAAGAAGAUCAUGAUUUUACCGGUAAAUCUCAUUAUCGUGAAGUAUGUGAUAAUUUAAAAAUUAUUCCAUGCAAAUAUUUUAUGGCACAUAUUGAAGAUAGAGAAUUAAUUUUAAGAUAUCAUCAGUUUAGUACAGAUGAUAUUCGAGCUAUUGCUAAAGUUAUGUGGAGUAAUAUUAACGUUGAAAAACUCUUUCUUGAUGGAAAUUAUCUUCAACAAGCAGCAGCUAAAUAUAUAUCGAGAAUGAUAGUAACCAAUGAUUUUAUUACCGAAUUGUCGUUGGCCGAUAAUCGUUUAGGCGGAGGAGAAGGAACGAAAGAAAUAUGUAAAAUGUUAACAAUUAACAGAAAUUUAAAAAAAAUUAAUUUAUCAGGAAAUAGUUUCAAUGAUAUAGACUCAAUACAACUUGUAGAAGCGUUCGAACAAAAUAAAACACUACGAGAAUUAGAUUUAAGUCACAAUAGUUUGGGCGAAGAUUGUGGAAAAGUAUUGAGCACAUUCAUUAGCGGUAAUGAUAGUCUUGAAAUUCUUGAUUUAAGCUGGAAUAAUAUACGUGGUCGAAGUUCUGUUGAUAUUGCAAAUGGUUUAAAAGAAAAUGUACGUUUAAAGAAAUGUAAUUUGGAAAUGAAUGGAUUUGGUCCUGACGGUGGUCAAGCUUUGGGUGAUUGUAUUAAACAAAAUGGUGCUUUAGAAGAAUUAAAUAUUAGUAAUAAUAGAUUAAAUACUGAAAAUGCAUUUACAAUCGGUAAUGGUUUACUAUCAAAUGACUCUUUACAAAUAUUAAAAAUUGCCAAUAAUCAAAUUAAUUGUGAUGGUGCUUUAGCUAUAUUUUUAUGUACUAAAAUCAAUGAAUCAAGUACACUAAGAGAAAUUGACUUUUCUUAUACCGUUGUUACUAAUGAAGCGUUUGAGAUUUGUCAAGAUUUGGUGAAUAGUAGAAAAAAUUUUCGAUAUCUCGUUGGAAAAAUAACACCAGAUAUAUUAAAACCAAAUUCAAUCAGUGAAUGUUAUGUAAAAACGAAUGAAGAUCUAUUAAAUUCAUUAAGAGCGAAAGCAAAAGCAAAAAGUUCGAGUUAG